AUGUGGCAGCUACUUCACUCCCUGUCAGCCUACAAGGUUAUCACAGGCUCUGAAGGCAUCAUCUAUGAUCAGGAACUGUGGAUCAGUGCUGUGGAGGCCUAUGAGCAAGUCCAAAAGGGGCCUCUGAAGCUGAAAAGUGUUGCAGAGCUCAGCAUGACCAAGUGGAAAAAGGACAAGGUGAAGCUCCUGGAGGUGGUGGUGCCGGGCAAGAACGAGGAGGAGAAGUGGUGCUGCCUGAACAAGUGGACACUGGCACAGGCAGCUUUCGAGAGGAUACAGGAAAAGCAGCAAAUGGAGCAGAUCCUGAAGAAAGCGUCCAAAACCCACGAGCAGCAUGUGGAGGACUUUAACAGGCACCUGGGCACCCUCACGGAGCACUGUGACAUUCCCAAAGUCAGCUGGACUAAGUAG